GUCAAAACUCGAAUCAACAAAACAAAAACAAGUUCGUUAUUUUUUUUAUACAAUACAGCGAAUUUUUAUUAAAUUUAUACACAAGAAAAUGGAUAUGGAAACCGAAUCGAUCGCAACAGACCAGCCCGGAAAAUCCGAUGAAACGCCCAUCAAACAAACCAACAACGUCCCAUGGAUCGAGAAAUACAGACCGCAGACGUUCGACGAGAUUUUAGGCAACGAGGAUACAGUAGCGAGAUUAUCCGCCUUUUCCAGAACCGGCAACGUUCCCAAUAUAAUUAUAGCGGGCCCCCCGGGCGUCGGCAAGACCACCACCAUUCUCUGUUUGGCCAAAUUGCUGUUGGGCCCCGCAUUCAAAGACGCCGUUCUGGAGCUGAACGCCUCCAACGAUAGAGGCAUCGACAUCGUUCGGAACAAAGUGAAAAUGUUCGCCCAACAGAAGGUCACCCUGCCGCCCAAGAGGCACAAGAUCGUCAUAUUGGACGAGGUCGAUAGCAUGACCGACGGCGCCCAACAAGCGCUGCGCCGAACCAUGGAGAUCUACAGCACCACCACCCGCUUCGCCCUCGCCUGCAACUACAGCGAAAAAGUGAUCGAGCCCAUCCAGUCCAGAUGCGCGGUACUCCGCUACUCCAAACUCGCCGACUCCCAAGUACUGGCCCGCGUCCUACAGAUAUGCCAAAAAGAAGACAUCGAAUACACCGAAGAUGGCCUCGAAGCUAUAGUGUUUACAGCCCAAGGUGAUAUGAGACAGGCCUUGAACAAUCUGCAAUCGACUCGGAACGGGUUCGGCGUGGUGAAUUCGGAGAACGUGUUCAAAGUGUGCGACGAGCCUCAUCCGAUGCUCGUGAAGGAUAUGUUGAGGUACUGUAAAGAUGGAGAGAUGAGGAAGGCUUACAAAGUGGUGGAGCAUUUGUGGAAUUUGGGUUACGCCGCGGAGGAUGUCGUUAAGAAUGUUUUUAAGGUGUGCAAGGGUAUGGAUAUGGAGGAGGCCGUGAAAUUGGAGUUUAUUAAAGAAAUUGGUUCCUGUCACCAACGGAUAGUGGACGGAGUGUGUUCGUUAAUCCAAAUGUCCGGUUUAUUGGCCAAAUUAUGCAAAGUAGGAAAAGGAAACUCCGCAUUCUAACUCCUCUUCUA